CUCUCUGAUUGGCUGUAUGGCCGUAUCCCUGCAGCUACUUUCCGAGCAAUGCAGGAGCCGCGUUCAGCUCGUUGUAUUGCUAUACCUUAGUUUUGCAGUUGUGCAUUCAAUCCUUGCCUUCUGAGUUUGUUGUAAUCAACUUCUGCCCCUUUGAGCUUCUCUACACUCCUUCGUUGGCGCAACAGCGCGUCCACAGAUAGUCACAAGACAGAGCUGAAUCUGCAGGAUCCCACUCAGAGACAUUGUUCGACGAGCGAGCCUUAAGACACCCUAGCAUACCGAAGCGAAGAGCCAUCGCACCGCUCGCACCAUGGCGGCUCAAGAUGCCUCCAAGGCUACAGCAAGCGGCAUGGAUCAGGGCGACGCCAGGAGACGAUAUGUUCCCAGCCAAGCGAACGGUAACAUCUCGAAGGAUUCAGUGGACGACAUGGUAGAGAAAAGGGUCAAGCCGCAGGCGCAGUCCAUACUACAGACUCUCGACGACCUCGAAUGGAUCAUCGCGCCGCUCAUCUUCACCGCCCUCGCCUUCUUUACACGCAUGUGGAAGAUCGGCAUCUCGGACAUCGUAACCUGGGACGAGGCACACUUUGGCAAGUUCGGCUCGCACUACCUCAAGCGCGAGUUCUACUUCGAUGUCCACCCUCCGCUUGGCAAGAUGCUCGUUGGGCUGUCGGGGUACUUGGCGGGUUACAACGGCUCCUUCGAGUUCAAGUCUGGCGAGACGUAUCCGCCUGAGCUCAACUACACCUUCAUGAGACUGUUCAACUCCGCGUUUGGCGCGCUGUGUGUUCCGCUCGCUUAUUACACGGCCAAGGAGCUGCACUUCAAGCGGCCUACCGUUUGGCUGGUCACGAUGAUGGUGCUGUUUGAGAACAGCUAUACCACCAUCAGCCGCUUCAUCCUACUUGACAGCAUGUUGCUCUUCUUCACCUUCACCACUGUCUUCUGCUGGGCCAAGUUCCACAACCAACGACAUGACCCCUUUGGCCCGGAAUGGGCGCUGUGGUUGAUGCUCAGCGGUAUCAGCAUUGGCUGUGUAUGCAGUGUCAAGUGGGUUGGCAUGUUCGGGACGGCGCUUGUUGGCCUGUACACCAUUGAAGAUCUAUGGAACAAGUUCGGCGAUCUCAAGAUGAAGAAGGUGACGUUGGCGGCACACUUGGGCUUCCGUGUAGUAGGCUUGAUCAUGAUCCCGCUCGCGGUGUACAUGUUCAACUUCUACUUGCACUUCCUGGUGCUAGAGAACAGCGGCCCGGGUGACGCGCAAAUGUCUUCACUGUUCCAGGCAAACCUGAGGGGUACGGAGGUUGGCAAGGACAGUCCGCUCGAAGUGGCGCUGGGGUCAAGGGCAACGCUGAAGAACAUGGGUUAUGGCGGUGGACUAUUGCAUUCGCACGUGCAGACGUAUCCGGAAGGCUCGACGCAGCAGCAGAUCACGUGCUAUCACCAUAAGGAUGCGAACAAUGACUGGUUCUUCUACCCGAACCGACACGAGCCGGAGUUUGACGCAGAAGCGCCCCUCAAGUUCGUUGGAGACAAGGACACCAUUCGCCUUAUCCACGCGCAGACUGGGCGCAACUUGCAUUCGCAUCAAGUCGCAGCGCCGGUUACGAAGGCUGACUACGAAGUGUCUUGCUAUGGCAACACCACCGUCGGAGACACGAAAGACCACUGGAUUGUUGAAGUUGUUGAUGACGCUGCUUCGAGCGACUACUCAAAGCUUCGGACGCUGACAACUGCGUUUCGUUUGAAGCACGCUGAUCUGAACUGCUAUCUCCGCGCGGGUAACGUGAACCUGCCGCAGUGGGGUUUCAAGCAGAUCGAAACAACUUGCGUCAAAGAGAACCACCCUCGCGACCCAUACACCCACUGGAACGUAGAGUCGCACUGGAACGAGAAGCUUCCUCCUGGUGACCCCGGCUCAUACAAGUCUCCCUUCUUGCGCGACUUUGUUCACCUGAAUGUCGCUAUGAUGACCUCCAACAACGCCCUCGUACCUGAUCCGGACAAGCAGGACGAUCUCGCCUCCAGUCCAUGGCAAUGGCCCCUCCUGCACGUUGGUCUUCGUAUGUGCGGCUGGGACGAUCACAUCGUCAAGUACUUCCUCCUCGGCAACCCCAUCGUCUACUGGGGCAGCACCUUCUCGCUCGUCUUCUUCUUCGGCAUGGUGGCGUGGUACGCCAUCCGCUGGCAGCGAGGCUUCGACGAGCUUACCUGGAAGCAAGUCGAUCAUUUCCACUACAGCGGCGUCUACCCCGUGCUCGGCUGGUUCUUGCACUACCUACCCUUCAUCGCCAUGGCAAGAGUGACGUACGUGCAUCACUACUACCCUGCGCUCUACUUCGCCAUUCUAUGUGCUGGCUUUUGCGUGGACUGGUACACGCGGGAUCUCAGGAGCGGCGUGCAAUGGGGCAUUCACAUGGCGCUGUACGGUGUGGUAAUCUACCUGUUCUGGCUGUUCAGGGCGAUAUGCUUCGGUAUGGUUGGGCCGAACCAGCAGUGGCAGCAUCUCAGGUGGCUGUCGACAUGGAGAAUGGCCGAUCCGUAAGCGACGUAAUGUAAAGGGGGUGGUACGCUCCGAGCGGGCAGACACCGGGGUCAGGGUGUGGGGGGCGAGGCGUUACCGGCGUUCUGGGGAAAGCACCUGUAUGACUAUAAAGAUGUCCAUUUGAGAGCGAUAUGAGCUCUGUGUACGCCGUAUCUACCUAAUGCUAUAUGAGGCUACUCCAUCGUGCGGUUGUCUCUUAAAGUAGUUGUCUAAAGCAUGGCUUUGUUGCGGAUCUUUGUC